AUCCUGAAGAGACAAGCCGUUACUGCUGAGCUUCAAAAGCAGCUUGUCUUUUCGGCAUUAGAAGUUGCUUAAAACCAGUGCCUUGAAUUGCAGCCCCAAAUACUGGUUGAGCAAUGCUGUAAGUUUCAGAGAUGGUGUGAUUAAUCACAUCGAAGGGUCUCCCUCGUACUUUUGUUUGUUUGUGGCCACUAAUAAAUCACUUCUGGGAUUACCACUUGGUCAGCAGGACUGGGCGAAACUUUCCCCCGCGAUAUUCGUAGGCUGCUGUCAGUCAGAAUAAACCAUCCUUCCUCAACCUCUGGUGUUUUGCACUUGCAGAUCCAAACUAGCCAGGUGUUUUAGACUACAAGCACCAGAUGUGCUGGCUGGGAGCUGUAAUCCAAAAUAUCUGGAGGGCACAAGGUUGGGGAAGGCUGGAAUAAACCAUAUUGGGGGGCAAGAUGGGCUAAUUGACCUGGGAUAAAGCACCAGCUUCGUCUAUUUCCAUGUUCAUGCAGAGCCUCCUUCCUUUGGGAUUUCCACUGAAAGCAUCUGUCAGUGCAUGUUUAUUAGGCGUAAGAUAUCCCAGCAGCUGGGAAGGAAGAUUAGCCACCAAAAGAGAUCAGCGGGGAGAAGCCCUCCCCAACAGACAGCUCCCUCCUCCAGCAAAGAGCUGCUGUGCUUGCUGAGUACAAGUCCGGCGCAGCUUCCUCCUCCUGUGAGCACUGGGGAAGUCAAGGGGCAAGGCAGCCCUGAAGCCUUUCCAGCCUUCCUUCUAUGCUGGUAGAGGCAGCAUGUGGCCAGGAGUCCUGUGUGUUCAACACAAGCGGAUCCAAAUUCCUUGCACGCUCAAGCACCGUAUCUUGCAGCCUUGCAGCCUGGCUCUCGGAGUUUAGCGUGCCAUCCCAUAAACCGCAGGGGCCCUAGGAAGGGCAAGUGUCAGCGGGACGUGUGGCCAGCCCUUGGCCAGAAAAAACAGCCACGGUGGGCCAGAACGGCAGAGCAGAACUGCCCAUGCCGGCGGUUUAUGAAGUGGGGAAGCAGUACCCAGAGCCAGAGUACGCGGGGAGACCCCUUCCAAUGUCCCAGCAUGAGACCUCUCCGACAGUACUGCGACGCGCCAGCAACCACCGACGCAACAACCCCUGCUGCUUCUGCUGGUGCUGCUGCUGCAGCUGCUCGUGGAAUGAAGAUCGUGAGCGGGCGUGGAGGGCAUCGCGAGACACCAAACUGGAGCCCAUUCCAAACUGUGAAGCCUGCGCCAAGCCGACGACUGAGGAAGUCAAGGGCUGGUCCCAGUCUUUUGACAAGUUGAUGAAGAACCCAGCCGGCAGGAACGUGUUCCGGGAAUUCUUACGGACUGAGUACAGCGAGGAGAACAUGCUCUUCUGGCUGGCUUGCGAGGAACUCAAAAGCGAGUGCAACAAGCACGCCAUCGGCGAGAAGGCUCGGAUGAUCUACGAAGAUUACAUCUCCAUCCUUUCGCCCAAGGAGGUGUGUUGCUUCUCUCGCCCACCUGUCCCUCAGGUCAGCCUGGACUCCCGCGUCCGCGAAGGCAUCAACCGCAAGAUGCAGGAGCCAUCCUCGCACACCUUCGACGAUGCACAGCUACAGAUCUACACGCUCAUGCAUAGAGACUCCUAUCCCCGUUUUCUGAACUCGGCCGUAUACAAAGCACUGCUCCAGAGCGUCUCUCGGUCAUCCUCGGAGUCCUAAGCCCCUUCCACCACCACCAUCACUGGGGAGGAUGGGGAGAGAAGCAAAAUACGAAGUGACGGUUCUCCUUUCAUACGGCAGGUGUUAACUUUGGGGUUUUUAAAUAUAUAUAUAUAUAUAUAUAUAUGGACCUCCCACUUGGUCUUACAGAACCAAGGGACCUGAAAUGGCAUUCUGGGCCAAAUCCUGUAAAACCACCUCAGUUCUGAACAACAAGCUGCUGGUCCAACUUACUAGGAAGUUCACUCCGUGCAAACCUGCCCCGUCUUCUUCUGCCAGAAAGGUGACACCUGCCAUCACAUGAACCUCAAAACUCAGGCCUCUGCUUUUACUACUGAAUCCGUGUUGGCAAGCUAGCUGACCACGCAGAAGAACUAAAGUACGGAAGGAAUCGGCCAACUGGUGCAGGGAGGGGUGGGGGUUGGGAGGGGGCAAGAGAAUCCUGGGCAACAUGGCGAAAGAAAAGAAAAAGGCCAAAAUCCACAUUCUGAAUAUUGUUCUUCCUGUCUUUUUUCUGUUUUGUUUGGUUUUCCCUGUUUUUUUAAAAAAAGAGCUGUUUCCGUGGCAGAUCUCAAAUGGUUCUGGUGGAAGCUUCAGUCAGACCGAUAUGGGUGUAGCAUCAGAAUAUUCUGAAUUGCACAGGUGUAGGUGGUGGUUUUUGGCCAGAGAAGAGUCCCGUGCAACUCAAAGGCUUUCUCUAUUCCCCCAAGUUGCAUUUAUUCCAGCUGGGGCCAGACCUCGGGAAGGCUUCUGUCAUCUCUGAUGUGGGAAAACUGAGGAGGGCUUGACCUCAGAGCUCUUGGAGGGGGGGAUAGGUAGGGUUGUUGAGGAGUUCCACUGAAAGCAGACCUCCCUGGUGCAAAUCAUGAUUUUGCCCUUCCCAGAAGCAACCCGGAAGUAAACUCCCAAAUUUCCUCAGAUCCCAGAAGUGUACAGAAGGCUUCCAUGUGUUAGCAGCACUGGGGAAUUCUUAGUACGAUUACGUGUUCGUCCUACAAAGAUUCAGGAGGCCUUUGGCGGUGCAGAUGCUUGUUGGAGCCCAUCAUAUUCUGAGAGGUGUGAGGCUCUGGAACUGAGACCUGGUUUUCGAAAGGUGAAGGAAAUGAUUGGCAGGUGGAAAAUGGGGGUUCCACCUUGGAUGGAGCAGACUUGGUUGGAGAAGGAAACCUUUCUGUCGGGCCACAGCACUCUGUGGCAUAGCAGUCAUGCCAAGAUCAGGCCUUGAGCCUCUGAAGGCUGUUGCUUUCGUGUGAGCUUCCUAGAAGCAUCUGGUUAAGCAUGGAGGAAGCAGAAAGCUAGAACAGAUGGACCAUUGGUUUCAUCCAGCUGGUCUGUCCUCACUGUACAUGCUAGAGCAGAAUGGAGUAGCUCAGUCGUGUCUUUUGGAGGAAGACAGAGCAUCUCUCUCCAGCAAUUCAACAGCAGAAGUAGGCUGAGUGAGUGAGAUAGGACUAUGGGAUAUGGGAUGGGGUGGCCUGUCUCAGAGGCUGGGUUGCUUAGCAACAACCUGUAAGGAAGCCUAAGGGUCAAGGGUGUCACACACACCUCUCAGAUAGGGCUGUGGUUCCUUUUAAUCAGAAUUGCAGAGUUGGGAGGGACCUUGAGGACCAUCUAGUCCAACCCCCUGCAAUGCAAGAACCUCAACUAAAGCAGCUAGGGCAGGUGGCCAUCCAGCCACUGCUUAAAGACUCCCAGAAGGAGUCCAUUCCACCGUUGAACAGCUGUUGCCACCAGAAAGUUCUUCCUCCUGUUUAGUCAAAAUCUCCUUGUAACAUGAAGCCGUUGUUUCGGGUCCUAUCCUCAUAGGAGCAGGAGAAACCCAGCUUGCUCCAUCUUCCAUGCGGCAGCUCAUUAGAUAUUUGAAGAUGGCCAUCAUAUCUCCUCGCGGUCUCCUCUUGAGGAGACAGGCGUCCCACUAGAUUUGGUUUCUCCCAUCAUACCGUUGCAGUAACAGGAGAAGCUGUAUCCACAAAAAGGGAGAGACGCUUCCGAGGUAGAAACUCCUUGCAUGGAGUGAGACGGCUGCCCUUCUUGUUCUGUUCAUUCAGUGUUUCUCCAAGCGAAACCCUCACCUGAACUAUGCCAGGUCCCAGUGGGCAUCUCCCUGGGGCAAUGCCACUUUGUGGACUCUUCCUCACACUAGAUGUGCAGCUGGUUUUGUGUCUUCUUCCAUCAAAGAUGGGACAUCCUCCUUUUCUUCUUCUUUCCCCCCCCCCUCCAUGAUCUCAAAAGCUUAUAUUGUUUGAUGCUGGGUGCCAAAAUUGGAGCUUGUGUCACGACCACAGCCUGUUUGCCAUGGCCUCUUCCGAAAGAUGGGCGUGGAUGUCUGUCGAAAUCAUGUUUUCAUCAAGCCACAAUAUGCAAUGAUGUUGCGGCCUCUGUGUCGCCGCCACCCCACACCAAUGUUGGAGAGCCAGUAAGACUUGAGCUCCUUCUCAACUGUCUUUUAUUUGCAGUUCUCUCGUUUCUGCCUGGUAACACCUGCACUUUGUGAAACUGGCCUUGGAGAGUCUUAAAAGGAGCGAUUGGGUUUCCCUUUUCCCUCUUUCCACACAACACUCAGAGGGCACACGUUCACAUCAUGGCAGGCUUCACACACACAACAAACCCUUUUUUGACCUGUGGAACUCUCUUCCACCAGAAGUAAUAAAGGCCAAUUGUGUCAA